AUGGUAUCUCUUCUUACAGCCUGGCUCCAGAAAGCCUAUCAGCGCCAAUGGCUUCAACAGUUGCGAUGUCAUGAUCUCUACCUCGCAGCCAAUGGCUCUACUGGCACUCCUCAAAGCAGUUCCCUUAUUCGAGCACCACAACUCUCUAGCCUCCUGACUGUGGCUCGUGGUGAAUCUACUGCAUCGCGUGAGCGUGGCAUCGCUGGACCGCAGUCCAAUGUGUCGGCAGAGGUGUUCUGGCGUCGAUGUGAACGUCUGGGACGCCGCAUCAAUGACGGCGAAGUACCGUGCACUUGGCGUUGGUCAGGCUAUCACUUUGGGGUGGAUUUACUUUUCAAGUAUCGGCGCAGGUGA